ACGUAAAACAAACAGGUUGCGGACUUUCGGUUGCCAAUCAAACGCCGAAACGUACAAACAGUAAUAACUAAUCAAUCAAAAAAGGGAGCGCAAGUCUACUAAGUAAGCCGCUGAUGCAAGGUAGUUUUCCCUACAACAAAGGCGCCAAUCAAUGGAAAAAACUUAGUCUGGCGGCGACUUGUUACGGUGCCAUACGCACGCAAAUGUUCGAUCCGGGUUGAGAAUAACAUAAAAUGCCUCAGUUUUGGGAUUAUUUCGGUAAAAGCCAGCCCAAACUAAAUUUGCAGGACGGCCUAUUCCAAAUCGCUUCGCAGACGUGCAAUUUGCUGGUGCAGGUGAACAACACGAACAACAUCAGUUACGGACAGAAUGCAACAAACAUCCACAUGAACAAUCUGCCCCUGAGUACGCCGCGAACGUCCCGAUCUCGUGGUGGUGAUGAUGACAGUGAGCAAUUGGUCGUGCUCAUACCGCCAAAUGAUAGGAAUAUUAAAUACAAGCCCGGAAUGUUUGGGAAACCUAGACUUUCGACGGUUCUUGAGGGUCCGCCUAUACCAAAUGAUGAAGAAGCUGAUGUGUGGGGACAAGGCUACAUGACACCAGCAGAUGAUGAUGGAAGCCCUGGAAGAAGGUGGGGACAGAAAACUAAAUGGUGCAGGCCAUCAUGCAUACCUAUAUCCAUAAUAUGUAUUUUGAUCUUCCUAGUAGUACUUUUACCAUUAUUAGACCAUGCCACUGAAAAAGCUUUACAGGAGCUGAACAGCUUUAAAGGAGUAUGUAACAAUACUUGCAGCAUAUCAUUAGUUGAGACUAUUCCCCAAGGAGUAGAAUUUCCAGAUUCUGUAAUACAACCUUCCACUUUUGAUACAUGGUUAAAUUUAAUAAAUUCCGCUAAAUAUUCUAUUGAAAUAGCAUCCCUCUACUGGACAUUGCGACAAUCUGAAGUUUAUCCUGAUCCAUCUUCCAUUAAAGGAGAAACAAUAUUUCAAGCACUUUUGAAAGCUGGUACUGACAGAGGAAUAAAGGUCAGAAUUGCACAAAAUGCUCCAUCACAGAAUUUUCCCAAUAUUGACACUGAACUGCUGGAGAAAAGAAAAGCGGCUGAAGUCAGAAGCUUGAAUUUUAAUAAAUUGCUAGGGAGUGGUGUCCUUCACACUAAAAUGUGGAUCAUAGAUCGGACCCACGUUUAUAUUGGCAGUGCCAAUAUGGAUUGGAGAUCAUUAACUCAGGUGAAAGAAAUGGGGGUUGUCAUGUACAACUGUUCUUGCUUGGCUGAAGAUGCCGGAAAAAUAUUUGAUGUGUAUUGGUCUUUGGGCGAAGAAAAUGCUAAAAUUCCCGACAUUUGGCCAAAAUCCUUAAAUACAGAUUAUAACAUGGAUACACCUUUUGAUUUAAUGUUAAAAAAUGAAAGUUUUCAAUCGUAUAUAUCUAGUUCGCCACCUCCUUUUAAUCCAACUGGACGCACAAAUGACAUUGCCGCUCUAGUAAAUGUUAUAGAAAAGGCUGAGAAAUUUGUCUACGUCGCCGUAAUGGAUUACUUUCCACAAAUGCUAUAUACACCAAAAAAGAAGUUUUGGCCCGUCAUAGAUGAUGCUCUAAAAGCUGCAGCCAUAGAUCAUCACAUCUCAGUUAAGAUGCUGAUAAGUCAGUGGAACCAUUCUAGACCGUCAGAGGAGUAUUACUUGAGAUCUAUCGCUAGUAUCAGCGGAUUGUAUCCGCGUGUUUCCAUCGAAGUGCGUAGAUUUAUAGUGCCGGCAGAUAAACAGCAAGAAAAAAUACCGUUUGCUCGCGUAAAUCACAACAAAUACAUGGUUACAGACAACACCGCUUAUAUUGGUACCUCCAACUGGUCUGGGGACUAUUUCACUGAUACCGCGGGAGUCGCUUUCGUAGUUCACGACCCAGUCUACGACCGUAACACCAGCCACACUACAAUCAGGAGCCAGUUACAAGAUGUUUUUGAACGAGACUGGAACUCCAAUUACACGGUGCCUUUAGAAAUGUAACGAACGUACUUUCUAACAAAGAUUAAAUAAAUAAGUUAACUAAGUAAACUUAUGUAUUUAAUCUUUGAUUUAGUGAAAUUGUGUAUCUAUAAAAUUAUAAAUACCUUUGACUUAGCAAAUACAUUUAUCAAGCUCAAUUUCUUCCAAACUAGUGAAUCAUAUCUUAUAGAUAGAAUUAAGUGGUUGCAUUUGAUAUCAACAUUACUAACAUAUCAUUAUCGUUUAACAUAUUUAUUAUAUUUCAUAAUAAAAUAACAUAAAUUACUUAUUUUAAAAAUUAUUUAUUUUUCCUUCCAUUAACACUUUUUCGCAUGUUUGGAAGAAGUACGGCUUUAACUGGUUUGUUUUUUACAACUCAUUGCUUAUCUUACGUAAUUUUAAAAAGCCUAUGUGGCAAGCAAAUAUUGUUUUAGAGAAUCUUAUUAUAUGUAAUUUUGUAAAAAGAUAUUUUUUAAGUCUUAUCGAAAAUAUAAAUAUGUACUAAAAUAAAAUUAAUUUUAGAUAUUAUAAUUAUUUAUAAGAAACGUGUUUAUGAUCCAUGCAAGAACAGUUAAUAUUAAAUUAUUAUGAAGUACUUAAUAAGUACUUUAAUAAAUUGUUGACACAUUGAAUAUAGAAUUUUGUGUUGAUUAUACCUCACAUUCUUCCAAAUAUUAAAAUGUAUAUCUUUGCUUGAAAAAUAGUUAAAAUAUUUUGUUUAAUUAUAUACAGGAUAAUAUAAGCAAUAAGUUUAUUCUGCAAGGAUUUACAUGUGAUCUCUUAAUAUGUGCCUCACGUUUUGUAAUUUUUAUAUAUUGUUGAAACUACUUUUAUGAUAUGUAUACGUCCAAAAUUUUAACAUUUUUCAGUGUUAAUCACCUGAUAAUUGUGACCACUUAAUUUAAUUAAAAUAUAUAUAAAGAAAAUGG